ACUCCCAUGCACACUCAAGACUCUGCUGCCGCUCUUUAUGUUGCUGAAAGGCACCAGGGAGAUGCUCAGAUGAUCCAUCGGGCCAUCCUGAACCACAUUGUCCAUACAGCCCGAGACAGGGAAGACUAACUACUGCAAGUGUGAAAGACCCCCUGGAGGGUGCUGUGAGUACCCUGUGAGGCCCGCCCUCCCGCCAAGCUUGGCAGAAAGCUUGGCUUGCCCCUCCACUCCUCCAGCCCCUGAGAUGCCCUCUCCUCCCAAUGAAGGAGAGGAUCAAGGAGCGUCCCCCGUGAACGGGCCAUCUGUGGGCUCCUUCCACAGCAGUGGGAAGAGGAAGGUGCGCUCAAAGAAGAAGAAAGGCACUAUCACCGCCAAUGUCACUGGCACCAAAUAUGAGAUUGUUCGGAUAGUCACCAACGAGGUGGACUUCAUCAGGACCCGGGAAGAUGACGAGACUGCCAACCUCAUCUGGAAUGACUCCGCCGUGCAGCACGAGAAAAUCGCUGAGCUCAGGAAUUAUCAGAGAAUUAACCAUUUCCCUGGCAUGGGCGAAAUCUGCCGGAAAGACUGCCUAGCAAGAAACAUGUCCAAAAUGAUCAAGUGCCAGUCUCAAGAGUACAGCUUCGUACCUAAAACUUGGAUCUUCCCUGCCGAGUACACUCAGUUCCAGAACUAUGUCAAGGAGCUACGCAGGAAACGCAAGCAGAAGACCUUUAUCGUCAAACCCGCCAACGGAGCCAUGGGUCACGGGAUCUCGCUUAUUCGUAACUGUGAGAAGCUGCCAGCCCAGGAGCACUUUAUCGUUCAGGAGUACCUGGACAAGCCCUUCCUGAUGGAGGGCUACAAGUUUGACCUGCGCAUCUACAUCCUUGUCACUUCCUGCGACCCACUUCGCAUUUUCCUCUACAAUGACGGCCUGGUUCGCAUGGGCACAGAAAAGUACCAUGCACCCAGCGAGGCCAACCUGAGCCAACUCUACAUGCAUCUGACCAACUACUCGGUCAACAAACACAACGAGAACUUUGAGCGAGACGAGACAGUGGACAAAGGAAGUAAGAGGUCCAUCAGUUGGUUCACCGAGUUCCUCCGCACCAACGACUACGACGUGGCCAAGUUCUGGGGAGACGUCUCUGAGCUGGUGGUGAAGACCAUAAUUGUGGCUGAGCCCCACGUGCUGCAUGCCUAUCGCAUGUGUCGCCCCGGCCAGCCACCAGGGAGCGACAGCGUCUGCUUUGAGGUCCUGGGCUUUGACAUCAUCCUGGACCGCAAACUCAAACCGUGGCUACUGGAGAUCAAUCGAGCGCCGAGCUUUGGGACCGAUCAGAAGAUUGAUUACGACGUGAAGAAAGGGGUGCUGCUCAACGCUCUCAAACUCCUCAACAUUCGAGCCAGUGAUAAGAAACGCAACCUAGCCCAGCAAAAGGCAGAGGCUCAGCGACGGCUCUAUGGACACGGCUCCAUGAAGAAACUCUCGGCUGCCUCCUCAGACUGGGAGAAACAACGUCACACGCUGGAGCGUCGGAGAGAAGAGCUGAAAGAACGACUGGCACAGGUCCGCAAACAGAUCUCUAGGGAGGAGCAUGAAAAGCAACAUCUGGGGAACUACAGACGUAUUUACCCCCCAGACGACAAGCUGCUGUUGGAGAAGUAUGAAAGCCUGCUCUCGGCCGCCUUUCAGACCUUCCUCGCCGGGCGAGCUGCCUCACUUCAAAAGGAAAUGAAUAAUCCUCUGAAACGAAUGAAGGAGGAGGACAUCUUGGAUCUGCUGGAGCAAUGUGAACUGGACGAUGAGAAGCUGAUGGGCAAAACCUCCAGGCAACGAGGCCCCAAGCCCUUGACCGCCAUGCCAGAAUGCAGCCAGACGCCAAGACGUCAACGACCGGACUACCUGGCUGACUUCACCAGCGGCAGCAGCGCCGAUAACUCCUGCUCCUCAUCGGACGAAGAAGAGGAGGAGAGGAGGAAAGCAGGAGGAGAAGGAGGAAGCGGCGGAGAGAAGAGGGAGAAGAAAGUUUCCUAUGACCUUGGGGAGAGCAAGGACAAGAACUUGGCUGAGCGCUCAGGCCGCAUGCACUGGAAACCUCCAGUCAAGUCACUCAAAACCAGCCCCGCUCCCUCUGCCUCCCCAACACUUUCUGGUCCAAUCAGGCGCUCCAUCUCCUGCCCUCGCUCCAUCGCCUCCCUCUCAUCGCCAAACGAGGUGCGGGCGUUGUCCUCCAGGCCUUCUCCCACGGUUCCUAUGGCCACUCCCCUCGUCAGGCCGAGCUCCGCCACGCUGCGCUCUCACUCUCUGAGCCGUAGCGGCUCCGCCCACCGCGUGCCUCACAGCAACAGCCUGGGGACCAUCCACUCCCACAUAGGCGAUCCGCUGAUAAACCUGAGGAGUAAAGAGCAGGAAGCUGAGCUGGUGCGUCAGACUCUGGCUGCGCUCACCGCCAUGAGGAUCAGGUUUCCGGGCAAAACCGAGGAGGAGGCUGAGGCUGUGCUGGAUGAGAUCCUGGACAACUGGAAAUACCAUAAAUCAAAAGUGGCCUCCUAUUGGUUAGUGAAGCUGGACUCCACCAAACAACGAAAGGUGUUGGACAUUGUUCGUACAAAUGUACGCUCAGUGCUGCAGCGGAUAUGGAGGGAGCCUGAUGUAGAAAGUCUCCAUCUCUACCGGCUCUUUAACCGCGUCUUCAACCGGCUGCUCUGGAGCCACGGCCAGGGCCUGUGGAACUGCUUCUCCAACACCGGUUCUUCCUGGGAGACCAUCUUCAGUAAGAGCAGCGAGGUGGUGUCACCCCAGGAGCUGCAGUGCUGCCGCCGGCUGGUCCAGCUGUGUCGGGACUGCCUGUUGGUCGUCUACAAGUUUGUCUCUGAGUCCCGUGGCUCUUUGACCGGACUCAGCCCAGAGUGGGACGACACCAGGUAUCUGCUGCCAGUGACCUCCCAGUUCAUCAUGAAAUGGCCUUCGUCCAGUUUUGGCCGCCUCUCUUCGACAGUGCCACGGUCACGCAGCCUUUUCGCCGCCAGAAUGGGCCACUUCUGAGGUCGCCGUGGCCAGCCUGGCUCCCUAAACCUUGCCUUUUGACCUCCACCUCCCUCCUCUGACUCUCACCCAGCCAUACUCCGAUCUCAGCAAGUCCGGUACAGAUCUCAAGUCGAGGCAGCUCUGGAAACCGUCCGGAGUAUCAACCUGGGCCGAUUCCACCUAUGGCAGACCAACAAAGAAGGCCCGGUUGAUUAUGGAUUGCUAAAGGGCCUUGUUCAAUGUAGAUAAGUCUGGACCGGACUAGACCAGCAGACCAACGGUACUCUCAAGCCCCAUCUUUAGCCACAGUAACAUCAGACUAUGGGUUUACCCCUCUUUUCUCAUUGUAAUUGCUGUAUUAUACCUACUCACUGUACAGUUACAAGUCAUGGUACUGUAAAAGGAAAACAUAACAAAUACUUAACAAUGCAAGGAUUAUUUAUUUAUGUACUUACUUAUUUUUUAAGGUAUUCCAUGAAUGCAGUGAAUGCUGAUGCAGAAUGCGGAUAUGGAAUGAUCAACAAAGCUAUCCCUUGUUUGAUGUAUGGAUGUAAAAAAACAAAAAAAACAUCAAAAAUCUUAUUUUUUAUGGCUGUAAUCAGUUAUUUUAUGUCUUAAUUUAAUUUAUUGCAUAACUUAUAUCAGAGGCUUUAUGUUGGUAAAUGUUUCAACAUUUCAACAGUUUUUCAGUUGAGACAUGGUGCCCAGAGAAUUUAAAAUGUUUUUGAAUUAGCAAACUUCUGAAUGCUAAUGCCUCAUGUUUGACCUGUGUGAAAUUGAGUGCAGCAUUAUUAAGCAACACAAUGUUUAGAAUGUCAAUGUAGUAAAGCCAAGCCUCUUUGCCUCUUAGAGAAUGAGCUAACUUUGGCGCCACAGCGCAAAGAGCAAAAACUUAAGUCUUCGGAGAGCAUCCAGUUCCUAAUAUGCACUUUGCAGUUUGUCACAGAAAGAGAAAGUGGGUGCACAUAACAGUAGUGUUUGCAUGCCUAGACUUUUAGUCCCUCACCCAGAUAAGGAGGAGUUGCGUUUGGAAUAUACUUGAAGUUUUUUUUUUUUGUCAUUAAUUAUUGUGUCUUUGUAUCUGCUUCACUUAAGAAGGAGACACUUCACUUUUAGAUUUGUUGUCUGUAGUACCGAUGUGUCAAAGAUAGUGAGGAUAUGUGACAUCACUUACAGAUUGUUGGGCAUGUUAAAUGACUUGGAUCAUCAGCUCAAAUGUUCUGUACUGUAACAGCGGCGAUUCUUCCUGGGACGAGCAGUUGCAGCCUUUUCCCCAAACCGCACUGUAGGUACAGUUGCCAGGGAAAUCAUGGAUGUGCCAAUAAUAUGCACACAUACUUCAUGUGUUCAGUUGGGUUUUAUUUAGGGUUAAUAUGUCAUGAAACACUGUAGGACCUCAGUUAAAUAUAGUAUUAAAUGUCGAUAGGGAGAAACGAGGUGUUAUAUGUUUAGUAGUUUACUUAGCUCUGUGUUCUACCCAAUGAGAUGACAGUAGACUUUUAAAGAUGGUAGUCUGUCAGCAGCGUGUGCAAUACACUACAGUGUGCAUUUUAUAACAUCAAACCCAGACUAACAAGUGUUGCAGCAAUGCUGUGCUAAAUCUGUUCACAUUUAAUUCCCAUACACUGAACAUCAUUGCAGAAUGCCAAAUAUUUUUAUUUUGCCUGAUUUUAUUUGUGUUAUUUAAGAGUAGUACUUUUUCAU